CACGCGUCUCUACUACCACUCUGCGCGGCCGGCCAAUGGGUCAGUGGGUGACAGUGGGUCCGUCGCAGCCACGGGUUUCUGGCAACCGUCCGCGAACGAGUCCCAGCAAGCGGCCGUGUAUGCAUCGCGAGUAUGUCUGGACUGAAAGGCCCCCUUUAGGAUAUCUGGUAGACGUUGUCGACGCACUUGCCGUGUCCAUGCUAGCUACGACAUUCCCCAUACAGCAUGGCCGUGGGUGCGGUAUUUUGUCUCCUCCACCAUUCUCUCUGGCAUCCGAAGAGCAUAAGAGCACCCCGUCCUACAGUUCCGACCACCCUGCGUCGCUCUCGAGCCGCCAGAGACACGCGCGAGGUCCUUCAGUACGAAGAGGUGAGUCUUCCUCCUCUUCCUCCUCUUCUUUGCCACUUCCCACACGCUUUUCAAUCUCCUAUGACGAGUAAUUUAACCCCACAUGACUCUUUGCGCUGCCACGACUCCGCGCGCCCUCGAUGCGCCAUUCUCAUGCCCGCAAAACGCGGCAUGCGUGCGAUCUCGAGUGGUUGAGGUGUAACGAGGGUCCCCCUCUCCGUCUUUCCCUUGCCCGCGUUUGCUGAACAAUGACAAGUUGUUUUACAGGCUCCCAAGGGAAAGCAGGACAUCCAAUCACGCCGCUGAGAUGCCGAUCUCAGUC